AGCCCUCUCUAGGCCCCGCGGAACGUUUGGCUGUGCGGCUGCUGAGACACUGGCUGGAGGCAGGGUGUGAAGCCUUCCUAUUGGAACCUCGGUGUUGGGACGGUGGGACUCGGUGCAGCUCUCUAGACGCCAGGCCCACGCUCAUGGCUGAUGAUGUCAGGUACUAACAACGUCGCCCAGGCCCGGAAGCUGGUGGAGCAGCUGCGCAUCGAAGCUGGGAUCGAACGCAUCAAGGUCUCCAAGGCCUCAUCAGAACUGAUGAGCUACUGUGAACAGCAUGCCCGGAAUGAUCCCUUGCUGGUUGGCGUGCCAGCCUCCGAGAAUCCAUUCAAAGACAAAAAGCCUUGCAUAAUUCUCUAGUUCCCUCUCUCUUUCUCUCUCUGUCCCCACUCCCCUCCCUUUCCCUCUCUCUCUCUUUCUCCCCACUCUGAAGGUAUUGUCCAGUUUUUUUCCUAUAAGAAAAAUAUUUGAAUGCCUCCUACUUUGAAUUCUGAAGGAAUAGAAACCAUUGUGAGUGCCUGGAUCCUCCUGCCCCAGGUGGAGUUUAUGACUCCCGGUGGGGCUCUGCCGGCCUGGCCUAACUAAGAUGUCAGCCUCGUCGCUCCCACCCCC